GCUCACCUCAUAACUAACUCUACCUCCUUUUAGGCUGUUCACUAGGAAAACUGCCGAUUCACGGAUCACCCGCCAUAUCGUCUCCUGCUCGCUGGUCGAAAGUUCCGUGUUUACAUGACGAGUUAUUUGCUAUUGCUAUCGAGCGCCAACUGGCCCUGUGUGAUUGUACUUCGGAUGCAGAUCUCGAUCUCCACUUCUCACGGAAUAAUUUUGGUUCCAUGGCCACAAUUCUCCACUUUGUAAACAGCGAUUUUUUUCUCUAGGCCGUGAUCAUUUUUACUUUACGUGCCAUCGUAUUUCGAACAACGCGAGCUAAUUUUACUUUCAACUUUACAAAGACCUUGUUGGCAAUUGAAUUCAACCCAGAAAUUAAAAUGGCUUCCUGGGUUCUGAAACCCCCCGCCCCAAACACGUCCCUGAAGAGGGACGCACAGACGGCGGCGAAUUUGAGUUCUCUGUUUCCCGGUCUGGACUUUGGCGGUGGAUCCGCUGCGGCGGGGAGCGCAGCCGCCGGACCGUCGGGGUCUCCAGCUACGGCGACGCAGAAGGGUGGCCCCGACUUGAAAAAGCGAAAGUUUGAGCCGGUGGAAAACGUAACCGUGCAGGAUGUGCACCAAUUACUGAAACACGCCCGCAAGGUGAUCCAGAAGGCACCAGAUUUUUCCAUGAGCCUCUUGACGCAGAACGGCGAGAUGUGCAUCAGCUUACUGCACGCGCAGGCAGUGUAUGAAAUGUAAAAAUGUCUGGGUCUGGAAACUUGUGAUGCAAGUCAGUCAAUAAAAAAUGCACUGUAAUGCGUGGCCAAGCAUGCCAAGUUGCUUCGUGCUUCUGUGCUGCGUAUUCCGCAUGAGAAACUGCGUUUUUGCAUGACAGGCGAGAGAGGCUUUUUGUGGCCACCCAACACAGAUUUAAGGGCCAUGCCAGAUCAGCAUGACAAAUCUCGCAAUCUUCCAGACCCAGACAUUUUUACAUUUGAUACAGUGGUCGGGGUUUUGCCUGACAGGAUGACAUUCCUGCCGCUAUCCAACGAAGAGAUCGACUUGGCGCGGACAAAAUCCAAAGAAAUCCAGGACAAAUUAUCGAAAUACCGGUUUUGGAGUCAGGGUCCGGGCUUAACGUCGGUGCAGCGACCGAAAAUGCCUUCGCCUGCUGGUAUUUUUGUUUGGACUUAACUUUUCAUAUCGAGCGCUUUUGCAUAUGCAUCGUUUUUUACAGCGGGAAUGAGCAUUUUUCCAAAGGGGACAUCUUGCUUUCCGGAAUAUCUUGCAGGAAACAAGUGCUCUGUCUUACGUUCGUCAAUCUCGUGAUGCCUACGCUUACGCAUACAAGGCCAAGGUGGUUCUCGUUUUUUGACACGAGUUGUGCGACUAAAAAGAAGUAAAGCUCAACAAAGUAGGCACUGCUUCUGAAGAUUCAGCGACACCAAAAAGAAAAAACUACGAUCCUUACGAAAAUACAGGCCUGCGAUUACCGAACAUGUUUCCAAUGCCGCCGAUGCCAGCUCGCGUGCUCCCGCCCCAGCGAAGCGGCUAUGGUGGCGGAGGUUAUGGCGGGUACGGCGGAGGGGGCGGCUACGGUGGCUACGGACGAGGCGGGGGCGGCCCGCCUCCGAGAUACGGAGGAGCUUCUGCAGGUAUGUCGGCGUGUCGUUUCAUUUUUAUUGGUCCCUUGACCGAGUUUCGCUUUCGCGUUCGCCCGACUGGGCCGGUCACUUUCAUGAGUUCUUUACGCCGAUUAUCUGGACCAAAAUCAUGCUCGCGCAACAUUCAACAAAUACAACAUUUUUAAGUCACAUCCACAGGCGCGUCCGCGUCUAUUACUGCGGAACAACGACAGAAACUUUUGGAGCGGAUUUCUCGACUCACCCCGGAACAGUUUCAAAUGCUUCCCACCGACAUUCAAAAUCAAGCUCGUAUGUACCUCGGUGCGCGAGUCACGCACUGACAAGGAUGGAGUCGUACCACGUUCACAUCAAGCGACAAGGAAACGCAAAGCUGUAUCCUCCAAACCCAAAGCGACAUAUUAGAUACAAUUGAUAUUGAGUCAGCCUCGGCUUUACCAGGCUGGGAAGCGAAGCACAAAAAGUGACAAACUUUGAUGAACUUCUCAUUUACCUGGUCGUCGAU